AUGAGAGAUAUGUUGAAACUUAGUCAAAUUCUUUUUUUUCGCGGUGUUUGGAACGGAAUUGCCAUAAAAGUGUAUAUGGAGCAGGAUCUCACAGCUGAAAACAUGGAGGAUUUUUGUAAUGAAAUAUCCAUCCUCAGUCGCCUUCGCCACCCAAAUGUCAUCUUGUUUCUUGGUGCUUGCAUGAUGCCUCCACGGUUGUCACUGAUCACCGAGUACAUGGAGAUGGGAUCUCUUUACUAUUUGAUUAACUUAAGUGGCCAGAAGAAUAAACUCAGCUGGCGGAGGAGAAUCAAGAUGCUACGCGACAUAUGCAGAGGGCUGAUGUGCAUACAUCGAAUGAAGAUAAUCCAUCACGAUCUUAAAAGUGCUAUUUGUCUCGUUAGCAUGCAUUGGACGGUUAAGAUCUGCGACUUUGGCCUCUCCAGAAUCAUGACAGAUGUUCCCAUCAAGUCGUCAUCAGGUGGGAUGCCGGAAUGGAUGGCUCCUGAGGUCAUUCGCAACGAGCCAUUCACGGAGAAAUGUGACAUUUUCAGCCUCGGCGUCAUCAUAUGGGAGCUCUACACCCUGAAUUGGCCGUGGGAUGGUAUGCCACCUGAGCGGGUUGUCCACGCGGUUGCAAGCGAAGGUUUGCGAUUGGAGAUGCCUCAAGGGCUGUUAAGUCGGAUCUUGUUGGGUAUGCUGACUUUCAGUUGA